CGAGUGUAAAGGGUUCUAAUAAAAACACCAGUGAGACACAGACGCCGCUCGCCUGCUAAACAUGGCGGGACAUGCCGGACUAUUAAUGCAGCGCACCCACAUCCAAUUGGCGACAGUCUGUGUGACGUAUACGGAUGUAAACAGAGCAGAGUCGUCCUGCGCUCUGCCACCGCUGUGCGUGCAAGGGAAGGAAGCAAAGAUGAGGGUGUCCACCAGUCAUCUCCAGCAGCUCACCAUCUUCACAACCGUGCUGACCGGGGGUGGGAUCGGCACCAUGUACUAUCUGCAGCAGAAGAAGUUUGCUGGGUCUGACUACCACAGACUAGCUCUGCAGAAACUGGAAGCAUGUCCAGUUGCCAUGGAACGCCUGGGCGCCCCGCCUUUAAAAGUCCACAACAUCCACCUGAGUGACAGGAACAACCGCAUAGAUCAGCACACCGCACAGAUAAAGAUCCCUGUGACUGGUUCAAAAACUGGAGGUUAUCUGUAUACGUCUUCAAUCAGAGACCCUGACACCAACAGGUGGAGUCUGAAACAAGCAGUUCUGAAGCUCAAGGAAGGGCAGAUCAUCGACCUGGUGAAUCCUCCUCCGCCUGCUGCAGCCCCAACCCAGGCAACGGAGCACACACAGGGGGAAGACAUGGACCACUGGCACUGACCAACUCCAUGCACUAAUGAGAACAAUGAAAGUGGAAGGUGUCCUGCUCCCACUGGUGUUGAGUCUAAUUAACUAAAACAAUAUGGAGGUCUAUAUUUACCAAAUCCUCAACUCCAGUGUCAUUUUGAAGAGACAGUAUUUACUCAUGACACUCCGCUCUGUGAGUGUCACUGGGCUUCUAACAGACUGCUCUGGAUGGUUGUUUGUUCUCCAGGUUUGGUUUAAUACAGCAGGCCGGCUGUUGCACUGA